UGCACAAAUUCCAAUGGAGUUGAGCAAAGGUCCUAGCUCGCCUAAGCGAGGAAAUGACAGCAAUGGUGAAGCAGGGCUAGCUAUGUUACGCAGGAGAAGCCUUGAAUUGGAGAAUCAGUCGAGAAACAAUAAUGGAUUUAUUCGUAAGACAAAAUCAUUGAAUAAUCAAAUCUUAAUCAAUGUUGAUGAACUUGUUAAGAAUGUCUCAAAAAGAUUUAACAAUAUUAGUUUCCAAAACGUUGCUUAUGCGUUUCAUGAAGUAUCCUCUCCUACUAAUAUAUCAGAUGGUGCUGCAGCUGAUAAUCCAGGACAGGCAAAUGAGCAGGACAUGAGUCCAGAUUCAAGCACUUGGAAUGUUGUACCAAGCAUACCGAUAUGCCUAAGGUUUCAAGAUGUCAAGUUCAAGGUAACUAUGAACGGGGCGAAAAACUCAGAGAAUGAAAAAUAUAUACUGCACGGAGUAAGUGGCUCAGCCACUCCGGGAGAGCUUCUAGCCAUGAUAGGUCCAUCAGGUGGUGGUAAAACAACUUUACUUAACCUACUUAGCGGCAGGGUUAAGUAUAACAGCGGCACCAUCACUUACAACAACCUACCUUACACUAAGUCACUAAAGCGCAAGAUUGGAUUUGUAAUGCAAGAUGAUGUUGCCUUCCCUCAUCUUACUGUCAAGGAGACCUUGACUUAUGCUGCUUUGCUUCGCCUUCCAAACACACUGUCGAAAGAACAGAAGAAAGAUAGAGCCAUGGAAGUCAUUAUUGAUUUAGGACUAGAAAGGUGCCAAGAUUCUAUGAUAGGAGGUGGACUUCUGAAGGGAAUAUCAGGAGGCGAAAGAAGAAGGGUUUGUAUUGGUAAUGAAAUCCUGCUUAACCCUCCUCUCUUACUCUUAGAUGAACCUACAUCGAGUCUAGACUCAGCAAGCGCGUUGCGUAUAGUCCAAAUACUCCACAACAUGGCUAAGACAGGAAAAACAGUUGUGACAACAAUUCACCAGCCAUCGAGCAGACUAUUUUGCAAAUUUGACAAGCUUAUACUUAUAGGUAAAGGGAGUUCUCUGUACUUUGGAAAAGCAUCCGAAGCAAUGGAAUAUUUUUCAUUGAUGGGUUGCUCGCCACUUAAACCUAUGAAUCCGGCAGAGUUUCUACUUGAUCUUGCAAAUGGGAACAUGAAUGACAAAUCGAUUCCAUCGAGUAUGGAAGACAAAUUCUCACCCACAAAUACAAGGGGAAGACCAUCACCACUUGAAGUCCAUGAGUAUUUUGUGGAGGCCUAUGAAUCGAGAUCAUCUAAGAUAAAAAAGCCAAAACUACUAAAGUCUAUGACUCAACAAAAUAUGGUUAAGCCAGGAGGAAGGACUUGGAAUUCAAAGGGAUGGGGAGCAAGUUGGUGGGAUCAAUUCCGCGUUCUUCUAAGCAGAGGAAUUAAGGAAAGACGACAUGAAUACUUCAGUAGCGUUCGUGUAAUCCAAGUCAUUUCAACCGCUAUAAUCAUAGGGUUGCUUUGGUGGCAUCCUGAUCAUUCAACAUCUAUAGAUAUCCAAGAUCAGGCAGGGCUGCUGUUCUUUAUAUCAGUAUUUUGGAGUUUUUUCCCUUUGUUUACAACCAUUUUUACCUUCCCACAAGAGAGAGUUAUGCUAACAAAAGAGAGAUUUGCUGGGAUGUACAGACUCAGCGCGUAUUUUGCUGCUCGAAACAUCACUGAUCUGCCUUUAUACCUCAUUUUGCCCAUUUUUUUCAUGCUCAUAGUGUACUUCAUGGUGGGGUUGCAACCAAGUUUUGCUGCAUUUUUCCUGACUUUACUUACAAUUUUCUUCGGCAUUUUGGCUGCCCAGGGCCUAGGCCUAAGUAUUGGUGCAGCAUUCAUGGAUAUAAAGAAAGCAAUGACCGUAGCAUCAGUACUUAUCAUGUCUUUCAUGCUCGCAGCUGGAUUUUUCCUUCAAGAUGUACCGUCUUUCAUGUCUUGGGUACGGUAUGUGUCCUUCAACUAUCACACAUACCGCCUUUUGCUGAAUAUUCAAUAUGGCUGCUCAACUAGUAGUUCAAAAUCCGGUCAAUGUGAAGCUCCUCUAAUCAAAGGAUUGAGAGUAGAUUCUUCUUGGAAAGUUGAAGUUGGAGCUUUGGUUAUCAUGAUCAUUGGAUAUAGAUUGUUAGCUUACUUGUUUCUUAGAAGAAUGAAACUUAAGCCAACAUGACACAUUCAAUUAAUGAAACAUUGCUUAUUGAGGUUUAUGGCUUAUUACGGCCAUUACGGCCAACAAUAAUACAUUAGAAGUAUUUUGUAGUUCAUCCUAAGUUUGUUAAAACAAUGCUUAAUUAGUCAGUAUUUUUGUUUCUUGAAA